GGGGCGGCGCUCGCGUGACCUUGGUGCUGCGCGCGCGCUCCCGCGGCGGAACAGGGAAGCGAUGCGGGCGGCGGGGCUGUCGCUGCGGCUGCCGGCGCUGCUGCUGCUGCUGCUGCUGGCGCUGGCGGCGGGCCCGGGCGGCGCGGCGGAGCAGGGCGGCCUGCCGGCCAAGAAGCUGCGCAUGGCCUACGCGACCGGGCCGCUGCUCAAGUUCCAGAUCUGUGUCUCCUGAGGCUACAGGCGGGUGUUUGAGGAGUACAUGCGGGUUAUCAGCCAGCGGUACCCAGACAUCCGAAUCGAAGGAGAAAACUACCUUCCUCAACCCAUCUAUAGGCACAUAGCAUCCUUCCUGUCUGUCUUCAAACUAGUAUUAAUAGGCUUAAUAAUCGUCGGCAAGGAUCCAUUUGCUUUCUUUGGCAUGCAAGCUCCAAGCAUCUGGCAGUGGGGCCAAGAAAAUAAGGUUUACGCCUGUAUGAUGGUCUUCUUCCUGAGCAACAUGAUUGAGAACCAGUGCAUGUCAACAGGCGCAUUCGAGAUAACUCUGAAUGAUGUUCCGGUGUGGUCCAAGCUCGAGUCCGGCCACCUUCCUUCCAUGCAGCAGCUUGUACAAAUUCUUGAUAACGAGAUGAAGCUCAAUGUGCACAUGGAGUCAAUGCCUCAUCAUCGGUCAUAGCCCCAUCUAUCAGCACUGAAACUGCUUGCAUUGAGUGGUGGUUUCCCACGGCCGCGUGGCUCAGCCCCAUGAAGGCCUGUACUGAAGACAGCAUGCUGUUAGUGCAGGCUGGAUGCUUCUCGCAGCUGCGUCGUGCCUUCCGGAAAACAUUUGAUGGAAGACCUUUCAGUGCUGGCCUAUUUCUGGAUCCUGCACAGUCACGGAGUGCAAUAAUACUGUAUAGUUUUUUUAAGAUUCCAUUCGACCAGUUUUCAGCCCAACAAUGCAGGCAUUACUAACGGUAACUUAUUUUGUAUUCGUGUGUCACACAAUGGCAGGUUGAGUUGAUACCCAAUUCUUCCUUGGAAAAAAGUUUGUUUAAUCUGUUGUAUUUUAUAUGAAUUUAUGUUCUUUUUGUAGCUUAAAAUGAAGUUAUAGGAGUGUCUGAUACUGUCCUAAACUGUUCAGUAAUUGACAGCUGUCUCUCAAAUCUCUCUAAUGUGGUUAAAGCAGGUUUGUAUAUUUUUCAGAAUCUAUGGCAGAGUUGAAGGGAUGCAUUAUAUACUAAAUUAUAUAAACAAAGUUAUAUGCAGAGUAGUGACAUCAUUUUGUGAAUUCAGUAAAAUUAAGAUCGACUGCUUUUUAAAUGGUGUUGGCUGGCUCCAGUCGUUCUCCCUUCACCUGCAGAGGUGAAACACUGGGCCUUACUACUGUCCUAACAAAACCAGGAAAGCUAACUUAAAUAGAGAGUUCUCAUGUACUGUGUGAAGUACCUUGUCCAAGUCACUGAUGGAUAUUCUU